AUGAGCAACGAAGUGCAAGAGAUUUUCCACGAGGAAAUGAAUUCUUCGGAUGAAGAGUACUCAGAUGGUCAUCUUUUCGAAACCGAAAUGAAGCCCACGCUGGAAGAGCUCCUGUUGCAGAGCUCUGGAAAUCCAAAAGCAACAGAAAAAUCACUGAUGACGCAAAAAGAUACACGUCAUUCGGAUUUUGGUUCUGAGACGGCGAGCACCUCUGCUGGACCGAAGGCCAGUUCAUCGACAACAUCUCUGGCUAGAGAGGUGCUCAGCUGUUUCUCGGAUAGUUUGUCGCAACUAUUAGAUGAAGAAGCAAAACUGGCAAGGAUACGUCAAGAGGAGGCCGCUAUGGCCGUUGAAGUACGACGGCUGGAAAUCGAGAAACUCAAUCUAGAAAUCGAAUUGUUGAGAAGAAAAGCGGAGCUAGAACCAGAGGCAAGCAAUGGUACAUGUAGUUCUUAUUAUGACUAG